AUGCCAGGCUCAGCGUCCUCACCUACAUCGUUCUACGCUGGAGAGCUGCAGAGGGCCCUCAAAGAGCAGGCUUUUGGCAUCAAGGCCUUCACUAUGGGCUCCACGUCUUCUCAGCAAGCCACGGCUUCCGUAGUCCUCCUCGAAGGCCACCAUCUCGUGAUUCAGUUGACAACACAAGGUUAUAUGGUUACCAACUCGUCCUCAGCUAGCACUGGAGUUAGAGUAUACGAGACGGUCGAUGACCUCCUUCAACUAUCAAGUCCGAUCGAAGCUUUCUUGAACGACAUAACGGCACAGAAUCUCAUGAAACUGAACCCGCUCGCCGUCGACGGUGUUAAAAACACAGAGAAUAGAGGCUUCUAUGCAUAG